UAAGACUUUAUGAAUUGUCUAUUAACUGCGCUCUGCUGGGCUCAUAAAAAAGGUAUAAACCAUUCCGGGCUAGACAUGAGCAGAAUAUAUUUACCAAGUAGGCCUGUAAAAUGGUUUAUGAGCUUUUUACACGUGGUUAUGAUCGGGCAUGUAAAGAGCGCGUUUAGUGUUGUGAUGGCGUCCUUUAGCGUGGGUUGAUCUCAGCAGAUUUCUUUCCCGCCGCUGCUGCACGGAAAAUAAAUAAAUAAAAGGAGGGGAAAAAGGAAGAGAGAGAGAGAGAGAGAGAGAGAGAGAAACCUCUUUCACCCCCGUUUCCCGCGUGCGCUCACUCAGCGCUCAGGCUCCUCCGAUGCUCCGUCAGUCUCCCUCUGACCUAACCACGGGAAGAACAUCUGCGCUUCUUCUCUCCUCGGGAAUAUCAGCGUGCGUUGUGCUUUAGAAUCGAGUCUAACCAUGCGCUCUGCAGUUUGUUAAAACGGAAUGUUCAGUGCAGUGGUUUCAUCAGAGCAUCAUUGAAGAAGGUUUACUGAAGCUCUGCGUCAUUCCUUCAUAUCCACCUCAUCCAGGCGAACGCGUCGGAAGUUUUCGAGGAAUAUCCAAGAGGACAUUGGUUUGGUUUGGAAUUAAAACCGCUCUGGCUGGAAAUUUGAACGCGGGACUGAUAUCGGACACAUCUGAUUGUUGUUUUUGGGGUUUUUUUUCCUCGGUGUAGUUGGGGAAGUUUUGUGCGGCACCAGCGGGGAAAAUAACAAAACAAAACCCAAACAAACAUGGGUUUAUGUGGUUAUGUAGUUGUGCCCUGGAGAUGCCUGGCAGUGCUGGCUCUGAGACUGCUCUUCCUUAUGCCUGCAGGAGUGCCAGCGCGGAGCGGAGACUCUUAUUUAAAGGACAACAUCACGGUCAGACAGGGGGACAGCGCCGUCUUAAAAUGCAAUGUGGACAGCAAGGUAUCGAGGGUAGCCUGGCUGAACCGCACCACUAUUCUCUUCACGGGGAGUGAGAAAUGGUCUCUGGACCCACGAGUGGUCUUGCUGAAUAACACAGCAGUGACAGAGUACAGUAUAAAGAUCCUGGAUGUGAACUUGCAUGACGAAGGGCCAUAUGUUUGCUCCAUCCUCACAAACAAGAAACCUGAGUCCACCAAAGUUCAUCUCAUCGUUCAAGUUCCAGCAAGGAUUGUGAACAUCUCAACAGACAUAACGGUAAACGAGGGCAGUAAUGUCAGUCUCAUGUGUCUGGCAAUCGGACGACCUGAACCCAGUAUUAUAUGGAAAUAUCGCUCUGCUAGCGGUCGUAGAUUCAUCAGUGAGGGCGAGUAUGUUGAGAUGACUGCAAUCACCAAAGAACAGUCCGGAUCAUAUGAGUGCAUCUCUUCAAAUGACAUCUCACCCCCAGAUGUGAGGACGGUACAAGUCACAGUAAACUAUCCUCCGGUCAUUUCACAAGCUCGCAGUACAGGGACUGCUGUUGGACAGAGAGGAGUGCUGCAGUGUGAAGCAUCAGCUGUUCCUCUUGCUGACUUUCAGUGGUACAAAGAAGAAAGGCGCCUUCUCAAUGGACUCAAUGGAGUCAAAAUAGAAAACAAAGGUAAACAGUCCAUGUUGAUAUUUUUCAACGUGUCUGAAGAGGACUAUGGAAACUACACGUGUGUGGCCAUGAACACGCUGGGAAUCACAAAUGCAAGCAUAAUCCUGUACGGCCCAGGAGCGAUCCACGAUGUGAACAGCGCUGCACUUUCUCCAUCCAGCUCUGUCUGCCAACUGCUCACCCUCAUUCUCUUUUAUCUCAAGUUUUGAUGCUAGAGACAACAACCACUGCAUCAGCUCCUCUUGGCAUAACACAAAGACAGACUCAAAGUCCCAUUAUUAGAAACAAACCGUUAUUAUUGUUAUCAUUUGGUUUGAACUUUUUUUUCUCCAGGGGUUGGGCUAGAAAAUAGAUUUGGACUAUGAGUCUGUCCCAUGAGAAUGAGACUGCACAGGAUAGGGUUCUGUCACUAGCUGGUAAAUAUAGUGAGCUCUUAAUUUUUUUUAAAUGUCAAAGAAAAGCAAAAAGUCACUUGAUCGUUAAAAAAAAUAAUAGUACAUGGAUGGUUUUGCUCGGUAUUGAAAUGUGUGAGUUGAGAUGUCCGUGUCAUGUCAGCUUUCCUUG